UAUUAUAACUUAUGUUAUUUGCUGUAAGUACCACUUUGUAUGUAUUACAAAUGAAGGUAUGCUGUUGCUAUUGUUAGGUGCUGUCAUGUCGGUCCUGACUCAUUGUAACACUAUAGGACAGAGUAGAGCUGCCUACUUAGAGUUUCUAAGGAGAAGCUGGUAGAUUUGAACUGCUGAUCUUCUGGUUAGCAACUGAACUCUUAACCACUACACCACAGGAGGUCCAAAUGGAGGUAUAGCAGAGGCUAUAUUUAUAUACAUAUAUCUCUUGGUAUGUUUUCGUGUGUAAAGACAAAUAAUUCCCAUUGUUAUCAAUUAUAUACCUAUUCAAAACAUGUCUGGUAUUUUGAGUGUUCCAUCUUGGAUUAUCAAUAAUCAUGAGUUUUCGUAAGAUGAUGUUUUGAAGUAGAGGUUCAAAAUAUUUUCAUUUUUUUUAGGUAUAUGAAAAAUAAAAAAAAAUUAAGAAGGGUACAAUAGAUAUCCACAUUUCUAACACCUAAAUGUUUAACAGUAUAUUCAUUUUUAUUUCAUCUAUCAAUCUAUUAUGUGUGUGUAAAAUUUAUGAGAAGUGGGUGGUAUUCAAAUAUCAUAAAAUGGAAAGUUUGAAUUCAUAUUAUUGAUACUAGUUUGUAUGCUAAAAAUCUGCCAGAUGAUACUACAUAAAAGCUACUGACGAUGCUAAUGUCUCUAUCCAGACUAGGCUUCGUGGUAGACCAAGAUGGACAAACACAAUCUAACAGUGCUGAAUGAGUUCAUUCUGACGGGAAUCAAAGACCGCCCAGAGCUGCAGGCACCAUUGCUCGGGCUGUUCCUCAUCAUCUACAUGAUCUCAGUGGUGGGCAAUGUGGGCAUCAUCAUCCUCACCAAGAUGGACUCCAGGCUACAAACUCCCAUGUACUUUUUUCUCAGACACCUGGCUAUCACUGAUCUUGGUUAUUCAACAACUGUGGGAUCCAAAAUGUUAGUCAAUUUUGUUGCAGAUGAAAAUACAAUCUCCUAUUAUUUUUGUGCUGCACAGCUAGCUUUCUUUAUUAUAUUCAUAACUAGUGAAGUUUUCAUUCUUUCAGCAAUGUCCUACGACCGCUACGUGGCCAUCUGUAACCCUCUGCUCUACACAGUCAUCAUGUCACAAAGAAUGUGUUGGGUGUUGGUAGGAAUCCCCUAUCUCUACAGUACUUUUGUUUCUCUUCUAGACACCAUAAAGAUGUUUAAUUUAUCCUUCUGUGGCUACAAUGUCAUCAGUCAUUUCUACUGUGACACUAACCCCUUGUUAUCCUUGCUCUGUUCAAACACCAGUGAAAUGGAAUUGAUCAUUCUCAUCUUUGCAACUUUUGAUUUUGUUUCAUCCCUCCUAAUAAUUCUUGUUUCUUACCUGCUUGUUCUUUUAGCCAUUCUCAGGAUGAGCUCAGCUGAGGGUAGGCACAAGGCCUUCUCCACCUGUGGAUCCCACCUGACUGUGGUGGUCGUGUUCUAUGGGACUUUGAUCUUUAUGUAUCUGCAGCAGAAGUCCAGUCACUCCUUUGAUACUGAUAAAAUGCCUUCCAUACUUUACACCCUGGUUAUUCCCAUGUUGAAUCCUUUGAUCUAUAGUUUAAGGAAUGAAGAUGUGAAACAUGCCUUACAUAGGACUUUGGGACAAUUAUGCAAUGUAUUUUCUCAAAGUUCACUAUACCAUGUCAUUCAUAUAAUUUACAUUAUUCACUUUAAAUUUUUGUCUGUGUGCCUCCAGAGGGGAUAA